AGGAACUGGUCAGGAGCGGUCGGCAGUGAAGGAAUCUCAAAACUUUUCCAAAACAGUUUUACUGCUCCGUUACCUGCUCCAGUACACGCCCAGUUUACCGCCGAAUAUCAAAACUGCGUCCCCGCCUUCUUACCGUGCCUGUCCGGGAUGUAGUGGAUGCAAGUGACGGCUUGGAAAAAAGGAAAGUUGGGAGAGGGAAAACUUGUGGAAUGAUGCCCGACCGACUGCAUCCCUCCCUCCAAAGUUCAGCUAAGGUUGCUAACGUUAGCUAGCGAAGGAGCCAGCUUCGGCUAGCUGUUAUGUGAAAGUUUGGAUAAACUUUUGUCUGACUGGUAAAACACGUAGAAACACGGCAUCUGUGAUAGUGGAGGAAGCGUGUGGAGAUCGAAGAGCUGUGACAGACUGAAAGCGUCCACCCCGGGUUUGAUAUCAUAGCCGGGGCUAGUGCAGCUAGCUGACACACAGCUAACUUUAUUACAAGUUAACUACAGUUAAGCCGCCGUGAGGCAUGACAGGACACACCGCUCAGCUCCAUCACGCAAACAGUGCAGUAGUUUAACGCUUCAGGAAGCUGUGUUCAGACCUGCUGAGUGGUAUCCUUAGCUGUGCUUGAGGAGACGAGAAGAGGAGCGACAGCCAUGGUUAUCUUUGCAUGUGAAGGCUGCUGGAUGUACUGAGAUCACAAAAUGACUCUAAUGCCUGUGGAGAGUUCUGGAAAGCAGUUUGGGUUUUAGAAAUCUAACUUUUAUUUGGAUGCAGCUGUGUUCAAGCCACCUACAGCCAGUACUGUAUUUUUAUAUUUUGGUAUUUGAUGACAUCCUUGCCUUCUUCUCAAGUCUUUCCGGGAGGCCUUCCUGCAUUGUUAUGAACAUUGCUCAUCAUCUGCAUCCAGAGGGCUCGGAUCUGGGAUAAAGUGGAGAGCAGCCAUCAUGAAGGUGACAGUAACAUUUGGGCAGACAGGUGUGGUGGUGCCAUGCAAGGAGGGAUGGACCGUGAGGGACCUCAUCCAGCAAGCCACCCAGAGAUACAGAAAACUCCUGGAGCAGGAAGGAGAUUUCUUCAUUCGGACGCACCAUGUUGAAUACUGUGAUGGGGGGAUUCUAGACCCCGACGACAUACUCAGUGAUCUGGUGGAAGACAAAGACAAGCUGAUGGCCGUUUAUGAGGAACAUGAAGCCCAGCAGAGGAGCACGGCUAACACAAGCCUGGCCCCGAGUCCUGACCACUACCAGUCUGAGCUCUCGGUUUUCCAGCCAAUCACGGGAGGAGAGAUUGAAGUCAAUUCCUCAGCCCUCAAGUCCAACACACCCCUGCUGGUGCGAAGCAGCAGUGAUUCUGCCCUCAGCCCCCAACCAGCAGAGUCUGAGCCCUCCUUCAAGGAAGACAACACUUUGAUGGCAGCUGGUCCCACUGUGGAGAGGCCAGCAGGGGUGGAGCGGCCAGCCAAACACCCCUUCAGUGGAAGCCUGACCAGAAUGGUGGAGAUCCUAGGAGAGGACAGCCCUCUGGGAAUCCACGUGGUUCCCUACUGCUCGUCGCUCAGCGGACGGGCUCUUGGUCUGUAUAUCCGUGGAGUGGAGGAAGAGAGCCGCUCCAGAAAGGAGGGCCUGUUUCAGGAAGACGAGUGCAUCGUGAAAAUCAACGACACCGAUCUCCUGGACAAGACCUUCAGCCAAUCUCAGGAUGUGUUCCGUCAGGCGAUGCGUUCCCCGGUUGUACGCCUGGAAGUCGUGCCUUCUUCCUACAGAGAGCGCUAUGAGAAGAGUCUGAUUGGUCAGCUGUUUGGCAAUAAUACCGGUCCCACCGGCAGCCCCCGAACUGGAAAAACCAAAGAGCCUCCGCCCCCUGUCAAAGCCAAACCUGUGUUUAAACCCUCGGAGAAUUCAGCCGCGCGGCUGGUGGAAGAGACGGCCGGCCUCGAGCCGGGUUUUAGUACCCCGAAGGGGAAAAGUGAGAGCCCCCUCCUGAAGAAAAGCCCCGCCCUCUCUAGCUUGAUGGCCAAUAAGAGAGGAGGACGAAGACUAAGGAUCGAUUUAAAGAAAGGUCCAGAAGGUCUUGGAUUUACUGUAGUGACCAGAGAUUCUUCGGUGCACGGUCCCGGUCCGAUUCUAGUGAAAAACAUUCUGCCCCGCGGGGCUGCGGUGAAAGAUGGACGCCUUCAGUCUGGAGACCGCAUACUCGAGGUAAACGGUGUGGAUAUCACAGGUGUGGGCCAGGAGGAGCUGGUGUGCAUGCUGCGCAGCACGCGGCAGGGCGAGAGCGUGUCUCUGGUGGUCCUCCGACAGGAAGACAUGUUCCUACCCAGAGAAAUGAGGGACGAGGUGUCCCGCGUGCCGAGCGUGGUCUCGGAGAAUGGAAAGGAGCAGCUCAUGUUUGAGGUGCCCCUCAACGACACCGGCUCGGCGGGGCUCGGCGUCAGCCUCAAAGGGAACAAGUCCAGGGAGACGGGAGAGGAUCUGGGAAUCUUCAUCAAAUCCAUCAUACAUGGAGGAGCUGCCUACAAGGAUGGACGCCUGCAUGUCAAUGACCAGCUGGUGGCUGUAAAUGGAGAGUCUCUACUGGGACGCCCCAAUCACAUGGCCAUGGAGACGCUCCGGCGCUCCAUGUCACAGGAGGGCAACGUCAGAGGGACCAUCCAGCUGGUGGUGCUGAGAGCUUUAAAGGAUCAACACGGUGGAUCACCCAGUCGCUCAUUUGACAGCUCCUCUGGCCUUUCUGCACCGAUGAGCCCGAUGAACGGUCAGGCCGCUGAGACCGUUCACCUCCCUCUGGUGACCAACGCCAUUUAUGCAUCUAACGUAACCAACGGGAGUUACUCUCACAUGGAUGAGGAAGAGGAUGGGCUGCUGUAUGGACAUGAUGCUGAUUUCAGCAGCUCCAAUCAAAAGUCUUAUCUCCAGGAAAGGGAAAAGCCUCAUGUCUCUAGCCCGGCUCAGCCCCAGUCUCCCACCCAGAACCAGUGGCAGAUCCAGCACGUCAAAGCCUCGAAGAGCAUGGACCUGGGUACGACUCAGAACCAGCAUCACACUGUGGCAGAUGAGAACAAUGUUGGAUCACUGGCUGGAAGCAAUGCAGCAUCAUCAAGCCCCGUGGAGCUCGGCCCCACUCUGGGCCUGAAGAAGUCCAGUUCCCUGGAGAGCCUCCAGACGGCCAUGUCGGAGGUCAACAGAAAGAACGAACUCCUCCCGUUCCACCGCCCUCGCCCAAAUAUGGUGAGGGGAAGAGGCUGCAACGAGAGCUUCAGAGCAGCUAUCGAUAAAUCCUACGACGGGCCGGCUGAAGAUGAUGACGAUGAUGGUACCGAGCCCAGUUCAGGUCGGGACACGCCUGCGAGUAGUUCCUCUCGGCAGGGAGUUGGUGACCAGGCCGAAGAAAAAGGCAAAAAAGAGAAGAAAAAGAAGGCAAAAACAAAGAAGAAAGAAAAGAGCAAGGUGAAGGGAAAAGAGAAAGAGAAGAAGAAGACAGAGGAGCCCGAGGAGACGGAAAAGAAGAGCAAGAAAAUCGGCUUCGGCCUGCUGAGAUUUGGAAAGAAAAAAGAGGAGAAGAAGGAAGCGAAGGCCGCUCUGCAGCGACAAAAGUCAGACCUCCUGAGUGACCAUGAGCUCGAGAGGAUGAAAGAAGAGAGAGAGAGGAUUGAGGCAUCGCAUCCCGAGUUACGAGAUCAGCGGCAGGGUGGCGGCGGCGGUUCGGCGUAUCCCGAUUUUGAAGAUGAUGACGCAGAUCCCAACUAUGCCCGUAUACAAUCCUUCAGGGACCGAGAUAUGGGCUCGGUGCCACAGCCUCUGUCUCAGUCGCCUCCCUACAGCGCGUUUCAGCACGCUCGUACACCUUCCCCUCUCGGCCCCUCCGGCUUUCAAGGGCACGGAAAUCAUACUAACGAGCCCGGAGUCAUCCCCGAUGAUGACCCUCUGGAUAGGCUCUACGCCAAAGUCAACAAAUCAAGGGGAGCUGGAACUACGUCUCCUCCUGCUCCCUCUCAGGCUAAUGACAGUAUGGACCGGAUCCAGCAGCUGAGACGAGAAUACCAGCAAGCUAGAAGAGAAGGAAUGGUGCCGCCAUAUGAAGAGUUGGACCCACGACGCAGAGGCCAUGAAAACGACCCACACAGGGUGCCGGGCAGAGGGGCAGAUCACCGUCUGACACCACGCUAUGAAGAGGUGGAACGCCAGUAUGCCUCCUUACCGAGACGAGGUCCGUUAGAUGCAGCUGACUACCCGAUGCAGCCAUGGUCAGGUCCCUACCCCGGGCCUCCACACGCCCAGCAGGGAUACCCCCAGGCACCAUCCUACCCCACCUCCCAGUCUGCCCCAUCUUACCCCAACUACCCACCUGGUCAGCCAUACCCGCGGCAAGGAGACCCUCGAGGCAUUGACCCUGGCUACUACCCCCACCCUAGCUCUCAGCAGAGAGGGCCCCUGCGGCAGGACGUGCCCCCAUCUCCCACCCCGCCUCUUCGGGGACUGCGGUACGACACGAUGACACGUGGAACUGGGGGUGGGGGUUACAGGUAGGGCCGACUUGUGGAUGAAGCCCAUUCCAGGCACCAGUGGGAGCUCGGUACAGACCAGCGUGGCUUUACUCGGGAGGGAGGAGGACAGCAACAGCAAACAAACCCAAAGCAGAAGACGGCGUGACUGCAGCUGUGCAGACACAUCGAGUCCUGACAUGACAAUAAGCACAAAGUCGACGUCUUCGUAUUCUGAGCUUCCCUGCGUUCAGCUCUCCACUGAAGCAGAGUUAAAACCUCAUAAUGCGAUGAUCCGAAUCCCCGUCAUUAUCAAACCGUGUGUGUGCUGGUAGGAGUGUACGGUAAGGUGAAGGAGGUUAAUUACAGAGUGGAGGAUGCGUAAUGUCUUGUUGUUUGAAGUCAUUUAAAUUGCUUUGAAUCUUCGGAGAGUUUAAAAUUAGCAGGUUUUUACUUUUCACUGUACUCUGAUUAAGUUGUCUCUCGUAAGAAUCUGUCAGGGCUGCAGAGGUAAUUGGAUCCAUUUAAAUUAAGCUCACAUUCACAGCCGCUGCUCCAGCAGGAUAAAGAAAAAUAUCCACAAAUGCAACCUAAAGUAACGCGCUAACACUGACUGUAGAUGGAGGUUCACGCAGAUAUGAAUAACACUUUAUUAUGUUUGUGUAAUGAAAGCGUAUUUAUUCACGAGCUCCGACCGUUUAUGUGGGCAAAGAUGGGACUGCAGCGCCUCUGCUUUUCCUUCUUUCCUCUCUUAGUAAUGGCUCCUGGAACACAAAGUCAUUAGAGCGCUCCAAUCAGCACUGUGGAACGGUUUAUUCCUCCAGAUAAACAAAAAAACUCGUUUAGAGGCCGGCCGAUGUCUAAAGUGACCAAUCAGGGAUCAUGCCACUAAUACCAGCACAGAUUUCAUCCUUAUGAGUAAUCUGAUCAUAUCCUGUGUUAUCAAAAAGAGUUAUUGAUACGUGUAAAUCACACUGAACAGCACUAUAUGAAUGAUCUGUCCUCGCUGUUCGGUGCAGGACGAGGCGGAGCCCACGUCUGCUUCGUGGUUUGCUCCAUGUUUGUUUGACCCUGUUGCUGCGUUUCGAAGCAACUUAAGAAGUACGAAAUAUCUCAUUUUAGCAGAACUGGAAAUUAUCUAUGGACGGUCGCUUUAUUUAAAAAGACCUCCACAUGAAUGUAUGAGCAGCUUGCGUUUUACAGACACGUCCACCUGUGUGGAGUGAUUUGAUUUUCCGACUUCCUGCAAGAAGCUCCGGAAAAGGCAGGACGACAAUAACACAGUUGGGGUAAUCAAGGUAACCAGGUGUUCCACAGGUGGAGCUGUUUUAAUUCUGCCUCUGCGUCUCUGAUGUGUUGGAGCUGUUUAAGCCCUGCUUUUCCACACCGUCGAGUAAACCAGACCGAGAGGAUUUUCUUUUUUGGGCAGCUUUUUGCAGAGCGGGGAUAGAGGUCGCUUUCACUGUUACUCUGCACCGUGCGCUCUGCUUUGGAUUUGAAGGACGUUUCAGUGACCCGACGGUGUAGGCAUCACCGCUCGAACAUGAAGUGAGCUUCAGAGUGCUGUCAGCGCCGCACCAUAAUGCAGAUCCAUUUUGCCACUUAGCAAAACCAUCAGUUAAGUGUGACUAAGAGUUAAAGCCUUGCAUAACAUCUGUGUUUCACACCACAAAGCUCAGCAGUAUUACUUUCAAUGGAGAUUAAAUGUUUAAAAUGACAUCUCGGUAUCGGGUGGACUGCGGUUCUCUCAGUGUGGCCGAGGCUGAAGGCCCGCUAACGUGAAUGUUGAGAUUAAUGCAAAAGAAUGUAACGUGUAGAUUUUAUCAGGAAGGUUUUUGUGUAUCAAGAGUUGGAUAAAGGGAGGUUAAGGAAAGGUAGGGAAAGAUGUGAGGAACAGGUAGAAAAGAAAAAGAGGGAAAUGAAGAGAGAAAUGUUAGGAAUGUGUAAUAUUUCAGAAUAAAUAUGAAAAGGAAACAGUUGAAGAAAUGGUCAGAGAGGUAAAUGCAGUGCAAUUUGUGCAGCAUUAGUUGUGCUGUAGGAGGAGUGAAUGUAGUGACUUUGUGAAGUUUUCAUAAUUAUUUCUCCUUUUGUGUUGUCACGUUUCACCAGUGUGAAAAUCAGACUUCCAAAUCAAGUAAUAAAGCACAUUUUCGGAGCCUGAUGAACAAAUCACCUGCCAAGUUUAGAGCAGAAACACUGAAAUAACUCGCGUCCCCUCAGAUCACUUUCUCCGUCGCUGAUGAUGAUGAUGAUGUUACAGAGUGAGCAGCACCUGAGAAAAUGAUCCUUCUGAGAACACGUGAAGGAUUUUCAUGCCAAACAUGUCAGGAGUCUCCUCCGCUGUGUGUACCUGAAUGCUGGGUCAGCGCCUGGAGAAGCUUUUAAACAGUAUUUGAAAAAUGUGACACGUUGCAUGAAGGCGUAUCUAUCUCAUUACACAGUUUUCACGUAUGUAACUCUUCACAAGCAUUUAUUUUUACAUGUUUCUUUUUUUAAUGCUAGUUGAUGAUGUUGAAUCGGACCAGAGCCACGGGAUGUUUGGCUUUCGUUGCCACGGGUACGCUGCAGAGCUUCGAUCGCUUUUUUCCUCCUCGUGUUGUUUAAACUGCACGAACAGUUUUAAACUGGCGACUCUGCGCAGCGUGGCUAACGCAUCGAGCAUCCUGCAGGGCUCUUUGGUCUUUAGCAAGUUGCACAAGUUGAAGGUACUCGCUAGAAUCUUCUGUACGAAGGGUUUCUGCUACUCCUGGUUCUCCUUUUAAAGAGAUCGGUGUAUGAAGGAACCAACUAAUAACCUCUGUUACCUAGAAGUAUAACAUGCUUUAUCACAAUGCUCGAAUAUAUAAAAAAAAGUCAAAUCUCAUUUUAUAAUGUAACAAUUCUGUCAUUGUUUUCCAACUUUUUUAUAUUUUGUAUAUAACUUUUUGCAUUAAAGUAUUCAUUUUUAAACACA